UACGGAUCACGGCCGCUGCGUCGGCUCUAAGAAGUUUUAUAUUCGUGUAGCCGCCAUCUUUCUGGUGACUCUCCUGCAGUUAUCCGGCCUCGCCAGCACACUUGACUUAAGUAACUUAAGUGGGAGCGGACUCUCCGCCUGCCAGGUGGCCUGCUGCAGACAUGAUGGAAGACCAAGGCCAUCGGGUUGCUGACUACUUUGUGGUCGCAGGACUGACUGAUACUUCAAAACUCCUGGACCAUGACACAGGUCGCAUGGAAACUAAGACAGCAGGCCCCAAAGCUCCGAUUACUGACAUUGCCGUCAUCAAUAAAACAGCUGGAGAGACUGUGCCAGAGGGUUAUACGUGUAUCGAAGUCACACAAAGUGGCCUCCAAGCUAAUCUCAACCAUGGAAGCUUGAAAAGCCCAGAGCUGUACCUCUGUUACAAGCGUGAAAGAGGGAAGGUACCCCUGAUAGAUAUUGGUGUGUUAUAUGAAGGGAAGGAGCGUUUAAAGCCCGGCUGUGAGACGAUUGUUGCUACUCCAUAUGGGCGAUGUGCAAAUGUCAACAACAGCUCGACCAAUUCUUCACGGAUAUUUAUCACUUGCCGGCGGGCGAAUAAGGUCCGUACACAGAACUCUUUGGCUGUGACCGAUAUCUGUGUGAUCAUCGCUAACAAGGGGGAGACGCCACCCCACACCUUCUGCAAGGUGGACAAAAACCUCAACUGUGGCCUGUGGGGAUCUAAUGUGUACCUGUGUUACAAGAAGUCUGUUCCGGCAUCGAAUGCCAUUGCUUAUAAACCAGGCUUAAUCUUCAGGUAUCCAGAAGAAAAUCACGAGUCUUUCCCACUCUCAGAAUCUGUGCCCCUCUUCUGUCUGCCAAUGGGUGCUACUAUUGAAUGCUGGGCUCCUGAGAUCCGAUUCCCUCUUCCCGUGUUCUCCACGUUCGUCCUGACAGGCUCCACAGCUGAAAAGGUGUAUGGUGCUGCUAUUCAGUUCUAUGAGCCGUUUCCACGCGAAAUGUUGUCGGAGAAGCAGAUGAUGCAGCUGGGACUUAUAACCGCGGUGGAGAAGAAAGUGCUGACCUCCAAAGCCAUCAACACAAACAAAUGCAUCUGUCUGCUGUCUCACUGGCCUUUCUUUGAGACCUUCCGAAAAUUCCUUAUGUUUAUUUAUAAGCUGUCGGUGUCUGGCCCGCACACCCUUCCUAUUGAAAAGCACAUUUCGCACUUCAUGCACAACGUGCCUUUCCCAUCUCCUCAGAGGCCAAGAAUCCUCGUUCAACUGUCUGCACACGACACCCUGAUUCUCUCUCAGCCUGUGUCCACCCCUUUGCCCCUGAGUGGUGCAGAUUUUAGUACUCUGCUGUCAAGCCUGGGGCCAGAAAACUGCGCUACGUUGCUGCUAUUUGUGUUGCUGGAGAGUAAGAUCCUGUUGCACUCCCUGAGACCCGCCGUGCUGACUGGAGUAGCUGAGGCGGUUGUAGCUAUGAUAUUCCCAUUCCAGUGGCAGUGCCCAUAUAUACCCCUUUGCCCGUUGUCUCUGGCAGAUGUGCUCAGUGCCCCUAUACCAUUUAUUGUUGGGGUAGACUCUAGAUACUUUGACCUAUGUGAUCCGCCUCAAGAUGUCGUCUGUAUUGACCUGGACACAAGCAUGGUCUACACGUCGGAGGAUAAAAGAAGCCUGAACUGGAAGCUGCUGCCUAAGAAACCAGCAAAGAACCUCAUUGCAACCUUAAAAAAACUCCAUCUUCAACUGUCUUCAGCUCAUCGCAAGAAUGAAGAAGAGUCUGCAUUAGAGCUGACUCCCAUUGAAGCGGACUUCUCCUGGCAGAGAAAAAUGAAGGAGUUAGAGAUGGAAAUUCAAGAGGCCUUCCUGCGUUUUAUGGCUUCUAUACUGAAAGGUUACAGGACCUUCCUGAAGCCCAUCACCGCUGCUCCAUCCAACAAAGCCACAGCUGCAAACUCUUUAUUUGACCAUCAAGGGUUUCUGAAAAGCCGAGAUCGAGCCCACAUGAAAUUCUAUUCGUUGCUGACUAAAACCCAGAUCUUCAUCCGCUUCAUUGAAGAGUGCAGCUUCGUCAGUGAUAAAGACACCAGCCUGGCCUUCUUUGAUGACUGCGUUGAAAAGUUGUUCCCUGAUAAAGGCGUGGAAAAGGGGGAUAAGGUGGAUUUGGAGGUCCCAGAAGAUACGCGAUUGAUAGAGUUGGACGAGUCACAGAAGAGUGAACACACAGUGUUUAUAAUGCCACCAGAACCUUUGCCAGAAGAUGGCCCAGAUCCUCCUCCCAAAUAUAGCUACAAGAGCUUUCCAAGACUUGACUAUGCUCUUUUUGACCGGACGCGGGAACAGUACCUCACGUUUAAUGGUCCCAAAAAAGGCAACCGAGCUGCAAGCAGUCCUACUUUCAUUGCGAAAAGGACCAAACAGGAAAUUAAAACUGCACAUAAGUUGGCUAGAAAAUAUUACACUAACGCACCCCAGUGGGCAAAGUGUCUGUUCAGUCAGUGUUUCAGCAUGUGGUUCAUUUGCCUGCCAGCUUUUGUCAAGGUUUCUAAUUCAAAGUCACGGGCCCUUCAGAAAGCUUACGAUGUCCUUGUUAACAUGAGGAAAACAGAUGUGGAUCCUCUGGAUGAGGUGUGUUACAGAGUUGUGAUGCAGUUGUGUGGUAUAUGGGAAAUUCCGGCUCUUGCUGUGAGAGUCUUGUUUGAAAUGAAAAAUGCUGGUAUAAAGCCAAAUGCGAUUACCUACGGCUACUAUAACAAGGUUGUGUUGGUUAGCCAGUGGCCAAGUAGCAAUCGUAGUGGUAAAUUUCUGUGGACCAAAGUGCGGAACGUGGUACAUGGUCUAGCACAAUUCCGGAGACCAGUCAAUAAAACACAGAUGGGCUCUGAGGCAUUGAUGACACCAGCUUCUCAGAGCCUUGCACGUAAUGGGGACUUGAUGACAGUGGAUGAUUCUAACGAUGCUAACUCUCUCUUCGUGAGGGAUCUAAUCAGACUUGAUUCCACUGAUAACAGCUCUAGCACAGUGCUCCAGUCUGCUCAGGGUUCCCCCUCCAAGAAAGACCCACAGGGAGAUCUCACUCACCAUCAGCAAGUUGAACAACCCGGUAUUAAAACAGAAUAUAUGCCAAAGUCAAAUCAUUCACCUUCGAGUCAUGAAAUUGCCUCCUCGUCAGCUAACGCGAUAGUGGGGGUCGCAGUAACCAACAUAGAGAACCAUGAAGAAAGAUUGUUGUCUCUCUCUGAAACAUCCAACCCACCAGAAUACUCUCCAUGCGGCAGCAGCAUUGUUAAAGUUCCCUCUGGCAUCUUUGACAACAGUGGGAGGAAGAACAGCAGUGGAAGUGGGCCAUUACCGCUCAUUAUUGAUGUUGAGGAUGUAGUCUUUUCUAAUGAAGUUCAAAGUAAAAAGUCUGGAGAGAGAACUCAGAAGAGACAGAAGGUCUUUUCUGAGCGAAGCUGCAGCUUCAGUUCAGAGAGCCGUGCUGGUAUGCUCCUUAAGAAAGGCAGCCUUGACUUGGCUACCAAUGAGAUGGCCAUGAAAAUGGGAGCUGAUGCCAAGAUCCUCACUGCAGCACUCUCAAAAACACCACCACCUCCCCAAGGAAAGAAAGAAUUUAGCUUUGAUGUUGUUGAUAGCCAGGUUGUUGAGAGGAAACUUGAUGUAAAUGAAGCUGCAGCUAAGCCAGCCCUGGAACCUGCAUCAGGGAACAAAAAACAGGAGUUCCCGGAUCAGCUAGACACUGUUAAAGAAGAAAGCAUUGUAGGUACGCAAGAGACUGUACAAGGCACGGUGGAGAAAAGAUUGCCUGUUAAGUCUCCUCAUCUGGAGGAACCGAGCAAGAGGAACAGCUUCCAUGGUCUCAUCAAAACUGCAGAGAGGGAGGGAGUUGAAACGGGCCUUGAUCCACUGUCCCUUCUGGCUUCACAGAUUGUAGAGAGCAGUCCACCGCCUCCAGAGGAAAAGAUCAUUUCACCUGUUGUGGCUCGCAACCUAGCGGAUGAGAUUGAAAGUUAUAUGAACUUAAAAAGCCCACUGGGCAGCAAAUCCUCCAGCAUGGAACUUGGAAGCGCAGAGUUAGUCAGGGUAACUGAUAAGCAGACCACUGGUGGUCCAGAGAGACGUUCCAGCCUCCCGGCAGACACCCUUCCUCCAGAUGACCUGCAGAGUGAGAACCAGAAAAACGCUGUCUCAAGGUCUAAGACUUUUACUUCCAGUCCGAAGCACCACUUACGCAACCAGAAGGAGCGGUCGCUGUCACUGACUGCCCUUGUCCGAUCGUCACAGCACGGCUCUUUGGGUUCUGUAGUAAACUCUUUUCCUGGUCUUAAGCUGGACAGUCUCCUGACUGGGCCAAAAAUGGAUGUCCUGAAGUCUGGCAUGAAGCAGGCAGCCAAUGUUGCCAGUAAGAUGUGGGGGGCAGUUUCAUCGGCCUACAGUUAUUCUGAUGAAGAGGAUGAAGUUGGAGGUCGGUCUGAAUUUUCCUCAAAUGUUGAAGAACACGGUGAAAGUGUGAAUUCGAAGAUGAGCCUUCAAGGACCUGCUAGUGAUCUUACACAAAGUGACACCAGCCUUAGCAGCAGCAGUGGUGACGCCAGUGUGCAUAGUUAUUUAAAUAAUGAAGCUGUUCCUGGGAAAAGCACACGGGGCUUGGAACGUGAGAAAUCGGAGCAGGCAUCUUCUCAGAACACCAGCCUCUCCAGUAUCUUUCAGAAUUGUGCUAUGGAGGUCCUCAUAUCCAGCUGCUCUCAAUGCCGAGCUUGUGAUGCACUCGUUUAUGAUGAAGAAAUCAUGGCAGGAUGGACUGCUGAUGAUUCUAACCUCAACACCACUUGUCCUUUCUGUAAAGCCACCUUCUUGCCAUUUCUGUACAUUGAAUUUAAAGAUUUCCGUGGCUCUGCAAGUUUCUUUCUCAAGCCAAGUAAUUCUGGAGACAGCCUUCAAAGUACCAAUGUCCAGUCAGCGGAGAAUGCAGAGCAUAAAAUUGCAUCAAGCCCUGCGGACGGUGACCUAAUGAGCGUAAAUCCCCCUGACCCACUUCAGGCUACAGUGGCAGGAAGCACAGCCUCUGAACAGGGUACCGUUCAGGUUACGGAGGCUUUACAGGCAAAUGCAACACAUUCUGAAACCGGCACUACACCAAAGAAAGUUGCUUCAUUGACAAGAAGUCACAGUGUGGGAGGACCUCUGCAGAAUAUCGACCUGUCACAGAGGCCGUCUCAUGGAGUGUCCACUAUAAGCCUUCCAAAUAGCCUGCAGGAAGUUGAUCCAUUGGAAAAGAGGCAAAACCCCCCUCCUGUCUCAGUGCCCUACCUUAGCCCACUUGUGUUGCGUAAAGAGUUGGAGUCUUUGCUGGAAAACGAUGGAGACCAGGUUAUCCAUACAUCCACCUUUAUCAACCAACAUCCAAUUAUCUACUGGAAUUUAGUGUGGUACUUCAGGCGCCUGGACCUACCCAGCAAUUUGCCUGGUCUCAUCCUCUCUUCAGAACACUGCAAUGGCGGAGUGCAGCUCCCCCAGUCAUCCCUGUCCCAGGACAGCAAGCUUGUCUAUGUCCAGCUGCUAUGGGAUAAUGUCCACCUACAUCAAGACCCAGGAGAGGCGCUUUAUAUCAAGUGGAGAAAUCUAGAAGCAGCCAAGAAGACAACCUCUUCUCUGCAGCCUGACCUCCAAGCCACCAAUGAAUUACUGGAGAGCAUCACUCUCAGCAUCCAGCACAAUGAUGUCCUGAGACCAAUCAGCCUUCUCCUGCUGAAAUAUAAUACAGCAGCCAAACGGCAAAGAAGCUUGUACAGAGAAAUAUUAUACCUUUCUUUGGUUGCUCUUGGAAGAGAAUAUAUUGACAUUGAGGCCUUUGACAGUGAAUACAGACUUGCAUAUGAAAAACUUCCAAUUGAGCUGUUUCACAAAAUGAAGAAAAUUGAUAUACCCCCAAACAAAAGCAUGGAGAGCUGCAGGAGUAAAUUUGGGGCCCCUGUGAUUUGAGAGAAAGUAUAUACCUAGAACUGAACUUUGCUCCCUUGAAACCCUAAGAUCCAAAGCGCUUUCAAC